UAAACAUUAAAGUACACAUAGGUAAUGUUCCAUGUAUCCACCAAAUCAAGAUUGUCUCUGGUGUUCUUUGUUUCUGUUUUAGGCUGGAAGGUAUUCAGUAUCCAUACCACCUCUAUAUAAGUCCAUCGGCUCGACCUGGCACCAAUGGCCCAGACCGGCCUUUUCAAUGCCCAACCUGUGGAGUCAGAUUCACACGCAUUCAAAACCUGAAACAGCAUAUGCUCAUACACUCCGGCAUUAAACCUUUCCAGUGUGAUCGCUGUGGGAAAAAGUUCACACGGGCCUACUCCCUAAAGAUGCAUCGGCUGAAGCACGAAGGUAAACGCUGUUUCCGGUGCCAGAUUUGUAGCGCCACAUUCACGUCCUUCGGUGAAUAUAAGCACCACAUGAGGGUCUCCCGACACAUAAUCCGCAAGCCGCGGAUUUAUGAGUGCAAAACAUGCGGCGCCAUGUUCACCAACUCUGGCAAUUUAAUUGUACACCUGAGGAGUCUGAACCAUGAGGCAUCCGAGCUAGCAAACUACUUCCAGAGCAGUGAUUUCCUCGUGCCCGACUACCUGAGCCAGGUACAGGAGGAGGAGGAGGCACUGGGAGUUCCGUAUGAGCUGGAGGAGUCCCAACAUCACCCAGUUUACCUGGGCAGCACCUCCACUGUCGCCGCCACCACCACUGCCUCGUCCUCUUCCUCAGUCCAAAUGCCAGUCAUCUCCCAGGUCUCCUCUUCCACACAGAACUGUGAAAGUUCCUCCGGCUUACUUUCGCCUGAGCCCCUGGACCCCCUGGAAGCCCCAACCUCCAAUAAGACGGACGCCGAUGAAACCGCAGUCAUGACGGAGAAUAAGAUGAGUCACGGUGUCGGGGGCAGUUCCCCAGAGGAGUUUGGAGAGGAGCAGCCUAAGGAGGUGGCUUCCAUUACCAUCGAGUGAUCCAAGUCUUCUUCCUGCCCCUGAUGUUGUAUUUUGCACUCAGGUUAUAUGGGAAUAUAAGUCUAAAUGAUCUGAAGACUGAAAGAACUCGGAGAUCCACACAUGCAGCUCUUAUCAUGUGGAACCAUGGAAACGCUACAGAGUUUUCAAAAGAUGCUGUUGAUUUAAUGGCAUUGUUUUACAUGCAGAAACUGCAGCACUUCUUCAGAUUUCACACUAGUUCAUUGGCUGGAGAAUCCGGACCUCACAGCCUCCUUGCUCCCUGAAAGCCAGCAGUAUUUUAGCAGUUUUAACAAGCCUGUUUUGUUUCCCAUAUGACUUGAAUGCAGCACUGUCUCAAGUCAGUGAAGUGUCAGCCAAUUGGAGGUCUGUCCGUUCCAAGCCUUGCUCUACUUUUAGAAAGUGCCUGAGAGUUCACACUUUAGCAAAGUCAUGUAGGAGAAAUGAAGUGACAAAUCAAGUCUUUGCAAACUGAGCUAAAAUAGUUAUUGUAUUACAUUUGUAAUAGUAAUGCUAGUUUGUAUGGGCAGAAACUGUGUUACUCAUUUGGUGCCGUUGCUAUUGGCAAAUAUUACAUGUUAAUAUUAAUCUAUCCUGCAAUAGCUUGUACUGUACUUCUAUAUGAAUGCUGUGUAUGUUGAGUGUUGUUCUAUGAUGUGUAAGAUGUGUGUGUAUGUGCAUUUCUAUGACCAGUAUGAACACAGUGCAUUUCCUUUUUUAAAUGUUUCAAACUUGAACUGUAUUGACAAAGUAUUCCCUAAAGUUAUCUGUGCAGUGGAAACACUUUUUUGACUGGUUCCACAGUUUGACUUGUCAGUGAACACUGUUGUGAAAUCCACCUCUGGUUCUACUCAAAAGCAAAAUUCUCUGUUUCUACAUCAGUUUGCAUAAGUGUUUUUGGCCCUUAAGGGUCAAACAGAAGAUGGACAGUUUAAGGUUACUUCAUGGUGUUGUGUGGGAUUUUCAUGGCGUAAAAAAAAAUCCUGAUAUUCACAUGGAGAAUUAGAACCAAAUGUCUGUGAUCUGAUCAAAUUGGUUUUAUUGUGAAGGAACAGCAACAUCCCCUACGACUUUUAAAAUAACAGAAUAUGGAUUACUUCAGCUAUAUUUUAUCUGUAACAUUCAUUCAGUGUCACAGUUUAAUUUUGAUCCAUUGAAAGCAGCAUGAUGAACAUGUUAGCUAGCUUUUGCUAGCCGUUGUGCACUUAUUGAUCCCAGUAACGAGCUCAUACCCAUUUCCAGCUGCAGGUAUGUGUCACCAAGUUCACCCUAAAUAUGUAAUCACUCAUUAUUUUACCCCAACUGAAGCUCAGCCACUUUUUUUGUCAGUGUUGUUUGCAGUUGCUUGAUUAUCAGUCGAUACAUUGCUAAUGAUGUUAGCAUAAUGCGUUUGAGUAAUGGUUCCAAUUAGGUAAAACAUGACAGGUAUUUUUUGUUUGUUUGUUUAUUUUAUCUUAAUCGGAGACAAAAAAAAUGUUUUCAGUAGAUCAAUUUCACAGUUGCAAGUCUCUGUGCUCUUUGACAUUUUAUAUUUCUGCAUUUCUGGAUUUUUUUUCUCUCAAAAAUGAUCCACUUUCUGUGUGAUGAGCAGAUAACUCACCAUGCAGCAGUUAACAAGUUAUCUAUUUAUAGUCCAACUAUAAGUACAUGCGGUUUUGAGGCUGUUGUUUUUGGUUUGGAUGAGGGCUCAAAAAUAAAUUUUUCAUAAGCUUAAACUGGUCCAAUGUGAAAUCUUCAGAAAUGACUUUGUUAUAUGUUAAUUCAUAAGUUAGAUUUGAAGAUUUCUAUGAUCAGGAAUUUCUUCAAAUCACUGAAGACGGGUAACUAGCAAGAUGCAAAGAUAAACUAAUACACAAUGAUUACAUUUGUAAGAAAAUGUUCAUUCAUGGGAAAGAAAUGAAUGUUGGGAAGGAUAAAGUGGCACCGGUCAAGAACCUCAUUUUAGACACAUUAUUAGGAACACCUGUGUGGUUCUGCAAUCAAGUAUUGCCUCCAAGUUCAAGUAGACUAUUUCAACAUCAGUCAUCUAUUUACAAUAUGGAAAAAGAGAAGAUGUCUUCAUUUCCUUCUUGUAGUCUGAUGCUUUUGUGGGCAAUUAACUGCAGUAUGUAGGAUUCAUUUUUAUCAUUGCAGCUGCUGGGAUUUACUGUAAGCAAGAAGUGAUCAGAGCUGUUCUUGCUUUAGGAAUAGAGAAGCACUGAGCGGAUGAAUGUCUCUUAUUUGAUUUGCAGUUUUUGUCGUCAGAUUUCAACCCUCUGAAACAAAUUUUUCCUAUUUGUUUUUUUUCUGUAAGAACAGCAUUUAGAAUCUUGUUUUACUAUAAGUCCUGCUGUAAACGGCCAUGUUUUGUUGUUUGUUGUUUUACUUAGAAGAGCUGAUUUCUCUGUGAGAGAGAGCUGUCACUGUUUAGCUAUUUUAUUUUAAAACAUAUUAUUCAUUUUAAAAUGACUUUAGGGUCUUAUAUGGCUUGAGCAGUUGGCAUCGUUAAAAUAGAACAGACCCAACACUGACUGAAAUUAUAAAAAGAGUUCAAAUAUUUCUGAAUUCAGUAUGUUCCAUAUAAUAUAGUUAUGAGUGCCAAAUUA